AUGAAAGCGAAUGGCCAUGCAUCUGGAGCGGCUGUGCAAGCCUCGAUAUUGACAUUCUCUAUACUGUUCUAUAUCUCUUGUGGCCUAAGAUUGUACACUCGCAUAUACAUCGUGCGCCAGCCAUGGUGGGACGACGCACUAAUCGCAAUUUCGGUCGUCUUUAAUGUCAUAAUGGCCACAUCAAUGUGCCUUCAAGUACCCUACGGUCUUGGAAAGCACGUUGAAGACGUUCCGCCAGAGCAACUCAAGACCAUGCUGUUCUGGUUCUGGCUUUCGAUCUGGAACUACUAUUGUGCGGCAGGGUUUGCUAAGUUAUCAAUCUUACUCCAGUAUCUGAGGAUCUUUGGGACCACGAGGAAGUUCAGAACCGCAUGCUACUGUGUCAUUGCUUCGGUGAUCUUCUAUAUCCUGUGGGGUGCAUUCUCGACAGCGUUUUACUGCUUCCCUCCAAGCGGCUUCUGGGACCCCGAGGCUGUCGCGGAGGGCAGAGCUCAUUGUCAGAAGCAGUGGACUGUCAAGUUGCCUAUCUGGUUCUUCAAUGCUGCGAUGAACAUGGCGACCGACAUCGCUACUGCUGUGCUGCCACUGCCUGUCAUCAAGAAUUUGAAUUUGCCAAGAAAGCAGAGGUUGACACUCAUGUUUGUGUUCGGUAUUGGAGGCUUCAUAAUCAUCAUCUCCAUGGUCCGCCUUUCUGGUCUGUACGCCGUUGCUGUCUCUAAUGACCCGACUUACGACAACCCGCUCGCCGCAAUCUGGUCCGCCACAGAAGCAAACUUGACCGGACUUGCCUCAUGUCUUCCAGUCCUCAAAGGCAUGAUUGCCAAGUACUUCCCGAAUCUCAUCAAGACUUCACACGCGGCAACCAAUCAACCUUAUGGCGCCAGCGGACAGCACUCCAGGCUCAGCGAGAAAGGCGGUCGGAAGUCAGCCGCUAUAUGGGGCAAGAAGGAGACUGAGAUCAACAUCGAGGAGACAACGAUAUGUGGGUCUUCUGACUCUCCUGACCUGAGAAGUGGGGCCGGAUGGGGCUGGGAGAAAGAGAAGAGGACUGGAGCUAUUGAGAUGGAAACCAUCGUCGAGGGUGGGAAGAAGAGUUACCCGAGAAGGAAUACGGAUGGGAGUGAAGAGCAUUUGGUGGAAGUUCUGCCGGCAGAGCGGGCGUGA